UGUUGUUUUGUACGCCUGCAAAUUAUUCAAAUUAAUUGGAUUUGAAUAAUGGUGGGUCAGUUUUGAAUUUUUGUUUUUUUUUUCAUAUUUUUGGCAGCCGGAACCAGUGUGCUGUGUUGGAUCGCAAAUGGCGACGCAUGUUUAUGGUUGGGCUGAUGAUGUUGUAAUCUUAAAACCGGCAGCGCAGCACGUUGGCCAAAUCAGUUUGACUUCGAGAACGGACUAAAUGGCAAUCAAUUGGCUUUUGCUGGUGCUGAUGCCGCUGCUGCUGGUCGGUGCGGAGGCGCGUGCAUCGCAGGGCAUGCAUGUGCAGCUGCCGCAUGGCGGCUGGCUGGUUGGACGCCAUAGGACCACGCACAGUGGUCGACAUAUGCGUGCGUUUAUGGGCAUACCGUAUGCACUGCCGCCGCUGGGCGAUCUGCGCUUUCGUCCGCCUGUGGAGCAGCCGGCAUGGCAGGGCGAGCGAUUGGCUGUAAAGGAUGCGCCCGUGUGCAUGCAGCGUGAUCCGUUUCGGCGUGACAUGACAAUCGAGGGCUCCGAGGAUUGCCUGUAUCUGAAUGUCUAUACACCGGAUCCGGUAGCAGUUGAACCGUUGCCCGUGAUGGUCUGGUUCCAUGGUGGUGGCUGGCAAUGCGGCUCGGGCAUCAGCAGCUUCUAUGGUCCCGACUUUCUGCUCGAGCAUGACAUUGUGCUGGUCUCCGCCAAUUUCCGGCUUGGUGCACUCGGCUUUCUUAGCACCGAAACGCUCGAUUGUCCCGGCAACAAUGGGCUCAAGGAUCAGCUACAGGUGCUACGCUGGGUGCACGCCAAUAUAGCCGCCUUUGGCGGUGAUCCGCACAGCGUAACGGUGUUUGGUGAGAGCGCCGGCGGCGCUAGUGUCACCUAUCAUAUGCUUGCCGAAAAAUCACGCGGUCUGCUGCAUCGCGCCAUUGCACAGUCGGGCACCUAUUUUAAUCCCUGGGCGCAGCCGGCACACGACGGCGUGGCCGCACAGCGUGCGCUCAAGCUGAGCGAGCUGCUAAACUGCAGCGAUGCGAGCAGCGAUUGGUCGGCCAAGUUGAAGUGUUUGCGCGACAAGCCAGCUGAGGACAUUGUGGCCAAGCUAUACGAUAUGUUUGUAUGGGAUUUCGAUCCCAUGAUACCCUUUCCGCCCGUCAUUGAACCGGAGCAUGAAGGCGCUUUUCUAACGCUGCGACCGCGUGAGGCGCAGGCCCCACACGGCCAGACGCUGCCUCUAAUGAUAGGUGUGACAGCUGAGGAGGGGCUGCUGAAGACGGCGGCGCUGCUGAAUUUGCCACAUCUGAUGGACGAAUUCAAAUCGUACUUUGAGCAACUGCUGCCCAUUGUGCUCAAUUAUGAUCAUCAUGACGCGGAGACACAGCAGCAGAUAACUCGGCACAUCGAGAGCUUCUACUUUAAGUCGGGUCACAACUACAACAAGUCCAAUCAUCAGAAUCUGACCGAUCUAAUCUCCGAUGGCUGGUUUGUGGCUGGCGUCGAUGAGUAUCUACAGCUGCGCCUGGACGAGCAGCAGCAGGCGUUGGCGCCCACCUAUGUCUAUCUAUUUGAUCAUAAGGGCGCCGCCAGUUUCUCAGAGAUAUUCAAGGGUGCGCACAAUGAGUUCUAUGGCGCUUGCCAUGCGGAGGAGCUGCAAUAUCUGUUUCCCAUUGGCGAGCAACUGUUCGUUAGCGCCGUGCCAACGCGCCAGGAUCUGGAGCUACGCGAUCUAAUGCUGCGGCUUUGGGUUAACUUUGCGCGUACCGGUGAUCCGAAUCCUGUCAUUGGCACAAGCAACUUACCCACUUGGCGGCCCACAUCCAAAUAUCCGGUGGAGUACGCACGCCUUGGCUCCAAGCUGGAUGCAAUGGAUGAUGGGACGCUGCCGCCGCUGCUGCGCAUGGAGAAAGCGCUGUUGCAGCAUCGCGUUGACUUCUGGCGCGAGCUUAAAGCACAUUUGCCGGUCAGUCGGCGUCCACAACAGCACAAUGAGCUUUAAUUGUUGUUGUUGUUCCAUGUUUUCUUAAUUUUUUUAGUUUUGCAAUGUAUUUACAUAACUUUUAUUUUGUUAACAAACAAAAAAAGAAUGAAAAAAAAAACAAAAAUAAACAUAGCAAGUUGCCAGAUCUCGCGAAUUAUUAAAAACAGCAGCGUUGCCACCUGAACACAUACACAACAUACUUAGAGAAAAGUAAGAAAGCAGAAAAACAAAAAAAAAAACACUCAGCUGUUUACGAAGUAUGACAUUUGUCAAAUCACUGGAAACAAAAGGACAAAUAAAUAAAGCGCACAAGAUGCUUGAACAAUGCACAUUUUAAUGAAUCUGCGCGUCGCAUUGUCCGCACUGCAAAUUACAUAUGUUUUGUGUGUGCGCUAAAUGAUUUGCAGGUGAAACCAUCUGGCAACGCCCAACGAAAAACGUAGUUUCAUUUUUUUUUGUCAAGCUGGCCGACAUUGACAUACGCAUACGGACAAAAUAAAUACACAUAUACACGCAGUUCGACAGUUUUGUUUUAUUUUUUAUAUACAUAUAUAUAUUUAUAUAUAUAUAUAUAUAUAUAUGUAUGUAUAUAUAUAUACAUAUAUAUAUAUAUAUACACAUAUACACACUUUAUAUACAUAUAUAUAUAAAUAAACACUUUGCAACUUUAUGCCACACGCUCGCAAAUACCAACGUGGUGUUUUCGCUUAACUUGACCUCGAGCUGCAAUUGUUCGCGUCGCAACAAAAGUGGACGACAAAUGGCUGGCUCGGCGCUGCGUCGCCUGAUGGCGGAGUACAAACAGUUAACAAUGGAUCCGCCAGAGGGCAUUGCCGCUGGACCCAUCAGUGAGGACAAUUUCUUUGAAUGGGAGGCGCUGAUUGCCGGACCCGAGGGCACCUGCUUUGAGGGCGGCGUUUUUCCAGCCCGUCUAGUUUUUCCACCCGACUACCCAUUAAGUCCACCAAAAAUGAAAUUCACUUGUGAUAUGUUUCAUCCAAACAUUUUUGCCGAUGGCCGCGUUUGCAUAUCAAUACUACACGCCCCCGGCGACGAUCCCAUGGGCUAUGAACUGUCGGCCGAACGUUGGAGUCCAGUGCAGAGUGUCGAAAAGAUUCUAUUGAGUGUGGUUAGCAUGUUGGCGGAGCCCAAUGAUGAGAGCGGCGCCAAUGUGGAUGCAGCGAUUAUGUGGCGGGAGAGGAGGGACGAAUUCAAUCGCAUCGCACAGCGAUUGGUGCGCAAAACACUCGGCUUGUCAGCCUAAAACCUCGACUGAAGCGACUGGACAGAACCCGGAAUCACAUUAGCAGAGCCGUCACUCGUGUAAGAGCAGCCCACAACCACGAGCCCCACAAAUCCUACUAUACUUUAACACAAUCUUGAAAGGAAUCGAAACAAAAAACUGAUUGCAAAUCCACAAUUCCUCCCAUGAGUAUGUGUAUGUCUAUGUGUGUGCGUGCGUGCGUGUGUGCGUGCGUGCGUGCAUGCGUGUGUUUGUGUGUGUGUGUGUAUGUGCGUUAGUGCUCUUGUAUGUAUGUACAUUUUCAAAAUUUAGGAGAUCAACAUAAAAGGAAAACAACUAAAACGAAGCGAAAAGAGAAAAAUACGAAAAAAAUUCGAUGCUAUCAAAAAAGAAAACACAAAAAAAUACCGAAACCUUGUCCAAUUGAUAUUUGAAAACCUGAAAUCUUUAAUUUGUAGUCGAAAACAAUGCGAUCGCAAUUAAUACCUAUGUCAUUUAAUUUCAA